CAGAACCAUACACAAAGUAUCCAAUGAUUUUGUUACUAAUAGCCGUAUAAACGAAGAGUUGUAACAGUCUUAGUGGACAGAACAGGGGCCUGGUAUGAUGGCUGAAGAGGACUGCUGUGCCUCAGCAGAUGAGGGAGCGAAGAGUGGCCGACACGUCCCCUUAGUGCUGGAGAGAAGGGAGAAGAAGGAGGAAAACUGGAGGACAGCCGUUUCACACCAACUAAAAAAGCAGUGCACAUGCAGCUCAGAGCGAGCCAAGGCCCAGGUUCUGGGGUUUGUCCCCAUCCUAAAAUGGCUGCCACGCUACCAGCUCAGAGACUGGAUCCUGGGUGACGUCAUGUCAGGGUUGAUAGUGGGCAUCCUGCUGGUGCCCCAGUCCAUCGCCUACUCUCUGCUGGCGGGCCAGGACCCUAUCUACGGCCUCUACACCUCCUUCUACUCCAGCAUCAUCUACACCCUGCUUGGCACCUCACGCCACAUCUCCGUGGGCAUCUUCGGGGUGCUGUGCCUGCUGGUGGGCCAGGUGGUGGACAGGGAGCUGGCCCUGGCAGGGUACCUCACAGAGAGUAGCAGUAACAACACUACACUGGGCCUGGGGAAUGCCACCACAGGGCCGGUCUGUGAUAGGAGCUGCUAUGCCAUCAUGGUGGGGGCCACAGUCACCUUUACAGCAGGGGUCUACCAGGUAUUGAUGGGCCUCCUGCAGGUGGGCUUUGUAUCUGUUUACCUGUCAGACUCCCUCCUGAGCGGUUUUGCCACGGGGGCCUCUCUCACCAUCCUUACCUCCCAGGUCAAGUACCUCCUGGGACUGAAGCUGCCUCGCGCCCAGGGCUGGGGCUCCCUCAUCAAGACCUGGGUCAGCCUCUUCCAGAACCUGGGCCAGACUAACCUGUGUGACCUGGUCACCAGCCUGGUGUGCUUGACGGUGUUGGUCCCCACCAAGGAGCUCAACGAUCGCUUCAAGGCCAAGCUCAAAGCCCCCAUCCCCUUUGAGCUGUUUGUUGUCAUCGGCGCCACUAUGGCCUCCCACUUCGGCCACUUCAAGGAGACGUAUGGCUCAGAUGUGGCCGGUGCCAUCCCCACGGGCUUCCUGCCUCCCCAGCUCCCGUCCUGGUCUCUGAUCCCCAAUGUGGCAGUAGAUGCCUUCUCCAUAUCAAUCGUGGGCUUUGCCAUCACCGUCUCCCUGUCUGAGAUGUUUGCCAAGAAGCACGGCUAUGUGGUGGAUCCCAACCAGGAGAUGUAUGCCAUAGGCUUCUGUAACAUCCUGCCCUCCUUCUUUCGCUGUUUCACCACCAGCGCUGCCCUGACCAAGACCCUGGUGAAGGAGUCCACAGGCUGCCAGACUCAGCUGUCUGGCCUGGUCACGGCCCUGGUGCUGCUACUGGUGCUGCUGGUCAUCGCUCCCCUAUUCUACUCUCUACAGAAGUGUGUGCUGGCAGUGAUCAUCGUGGUGAAUCUCCGGGGAGCGCUGCGGAAGUUUACAGACAUCCCGCGGAUGUGGCGUGUGAACCGUGUGGAUGCUGCCAUCUGGCUGGUGACCAUGGCAACCUCAGCGUUGAUAAACACUGAGCUAGGCCUGCUGGUGGGGGUGAUGGUCUCAGCCUUCUGUGUGUUGGGGCGCACUCAGAGAGCCCAGGCCUUAGAGCUGGGCCGGGCCGGCCAACGGGAGCUUUACGAGGACCUGGCCUCCUACAAGGGCCUGCAGACCCAGCCUGGGGUGGCCAUCUUCCGCUACGAGGCGCCCAUCUACUACGCCAACCAGAGCCUGUUCAAGAAGGCCCUGUACCGCCGCCUGGGCCUGGACCCCGUCAAGGAGAAGGCCCGGCGGAGGAAACUGGAGAAACAGAGGAAGAAACAGGAAGAAGCAGCAAUGACAGCAGGAGGGGAGGGAGGGACUAAGAUUAAAAAAGAGACAGAGUUGACCAACGCCACCAGAAUCUUCCUACCAAAUCAAGUCAACUUCCACUCUGUGGUGAUAGACUGUAGCCCGGUGCUGUUUCUGGACACAGCAGGGGUGAAUGCAUUGAAGGAGGUCUGUAAGGAUUAUAAGGAGUUGGGGGUGCAGGUGUUCCUGGCCCAGUGUAAUACCUCAGUACUGGAGUCACUGGACAGAGGUGGCUACUACCCUGAGGAAGAGAAGGAAAACAUGUUUUUCACCAUCAGCAAUGCCGUCCACUACUCACAUAGCCUCUCAUCUCAAAAUGGAGAAUGUGACACGUCCUGUUAACAACAGCUUUAAAGAUUGUAUAUCUACAGAAAUAGAUCUUAAUACUAGGGUUGCAUAAUUCUGGGAAGUCCCUGGUUUGCCUGAAAUCCUGAUUGGAGGAUUCCCAGAAUCAGAAGGGAAUAGGCAGGAAAUCCUGAAUCCUCCAACCAGGAUUUCUGGGAAAUCAUGGAAUUAAUUUAAAGUUCCUGGGAUUUUGCAACCCUACUUAAUACACAACAUAUACACUGAGUGUACAAAACAU